ACCUCCAUACAAUUUGCAAAAUCAUUAGCAAAAUGCCGCCAAAAACCCCAGUCGGAAAAUCCGCAGGCAAGAAGGCCGUCAAGAAGCAGGUCGGAGAAGGAAAGAAGAAGAGAAAGGGAAGACGCAAGGAAAGCUAUGCUAUUUACAUCUACAAGGUGCUGAAGCAAGUUCACCCCGACACCGGUAUCUCGAGCAAGGCCAUGGGCAUCAUGAACUCGUUCGUGAACGACAUCUUCGAGCGCAUGGCUGGUGAAGCUUCCCGUCUGGCGCACUACAACAAGAAGUCCACCAUCACGAGCAGGGAAAUCCAGACGGCCGUCCGUCUGCUUCUCCCCGGUGAGCUGGCCAAACACGCCGUGAGCGAGGGAACCAAGGCCGUCACCAAGUACACCAGCAGCAAGUAAACGGCACAAUCGAUGCUGCACAAAACAACGGCUCUUUUAGGAGCCACCCAAAUGACACGAAAGUCAUGGCCG